AUGGCACGGUACUUUCCACUGAUCCAGACAGUGAGUGCAGUGGACCAAGAUGACCCACACAGUGGUCAGCACUUCUACUACAGCUUGGCUCCGGACUCUGCUAACAACCCCAACUUCACCGUUAGGGACAACCAAGAUAACACUGCCCGGAUUCUCACCAGGAGGUCUGGCUUCCGGCAGCAGGAGCAGAGUGUCUUUUACCUGCCCAUCCUGAUAGCAGACAGCGGGCAGCCGGCGCUGAGCAGCACGGGCACGCUGACCAUCCAGGUGUGCAGCUGUGACGACUUCGGCCACGUCCUGUCCUGCAGCCCCGAGGCCUACAUGCUCCCCGUCAGUUUGAGCCGGGGCGCUCUCAUCGCCAUCCUGGCCUGCAUCUUUGUCCUCUUAGUGCUAGUGCUGCUCAUUCUGUCCAUGAGGCGGCACCGGAAACGGCCGUACAUCAUCGACGACGAGGAGAACAUCCACGAGAACAUCGUCCACUACGAUGACGAGGGCGGCGGAGAGGAGGACACCGAGGCCUUUGACAUCGCGGCCAUGUGGAACCCCCGGGAGGCGCAGGGGGGAGGCGCCCCCAAGACGCGGCAGGACAUGCUGCCCGAGAUCGAGAGCCUCUCCCGCUACGUGCCUCAGACGUGCGCCGUGAACAGCACGGUCCACAGCUACGUGCUGGCCAAGCUCUACGAGGCCGACAUGGACGUGUGGGCCCCGCCCUUCGACUCCCUCCAGACGUACAUGUUCGAGGGGGACGGCUCCGUGGCCGGGUCACUGAGCUCCCUGCAGUCGGCCACGUCGGACUCGGAGCAGAGCUUCGACUUCUUGACGGACUGGGGGCCCCGCUUCCGGAAGCUGGCGGAGCUCUACGGGGCGUCGGAGGGGCCGGCGCCCCUGUGGUGACGGAAGCCUGGAGGCAGGCGCGCGUCCAAACGCAGACGUUCUCGGCGGACGCUCGCCAGGCUCGCGGUCGGUGCGGCCAACCACAUGAGCAAUACUGUGCUGGAGAGUGAGAAGGGGGUGAGCAGCGAAGAGAGCUCUCUCUGGAUCAGCUUUACUUGGUUACAUUCAGUUCGGUAAUCGAAAGGAAACGCAGGAAGAGGGGGGCAGACACUCCAAUUACCUUUCUUUCCUUUUUUCUUUUUUAAUUUCUGUGACACUGUAUUCAAGGGCUUGGAGUCCAAGGUGAAGUUAUGGCGAGCUUGGCUUUUCUCUCCCAUUCGUCAAGGCCUUUGUCACUUUGUCACUUUGCCACCCCUGAAGAGUUUCUGGUCUUACACACACGGGUGGCAACUGAAGGGAAGUUUGACUCUCGCAUCCUUUUUCUUUUUACCUCCCUUUUUUUUUUUUUCCUUCCAUUUAAGUGUUUUGCUGGCUCAUCAAACCGCACAACCAACCCACACAAAAGAACACUGAAAAAUUGUUACUCUGUGAAAUUAACCUACUUGUCCUGGGAUGGAUGGAAUUUCUUUUAACCCUUUUGAGACAAGGUUAAGGCGAAUCGGCCUUGCAUGACUGGGGGGUGGGGGUGGGAGAAGGAAGAGGCAUUGACUUUGUGCUCAAGUUUAAUGGCUGAACCAAGAGUUGUUGGCAUUACAACGAAUCCAACUCCAUCAAGUUAGAGUGCUCUGUUCUCUUGGCUCUUUAACUGUGCCCCUGCAAAAUUGUUCAGAACGAAACCAGAAAAUCUGCCUCUUUUGCACUGUAGAUGUCUCUUCCAUGUGCCAAAUGUGAAGAUUAGAUGCUACAAACGAAAGCCAAAUAAAAAGAAGUAUCUGAUAAAAGCAUGGGUUAGAGGGCUUUCCUAAUCUGUGUGAGGUCAAUCCAAGGGAUGUUUACAUACUGUAGAUAACCUACUUGAACAAAAAUCGGUAUUAUAGAGAAUAAAUGGAUGUAAGAAAAUCACAUGUAUAAGUUUUGUAUAUUUGUUAAUAAUUUUGGUAAUAAAUAUGAUGUACUGCAUCUCAGUACCCUAGCACUUCUUUUAAUAAAAGUUAAAUAGAAGG